AUGGUUGAUAAGGGAAAGGGAAAAGAUUCAGGUCAGAAGAUCACUUCAGAAAUGGGAAAUGCGGUAGCAAACUUGAAAAGUUACGAGUCUUACUCAGUCAAAAGGAAGAGGAUAGCACUUGGGAUGGUCAAGCUAAGAAUACCAAGGAGUUGCAAGAAUCAGUUAUCAAGAGGAAGAAUAUUGAUCGAAGAAUCUUUUCGGAAUAUCAAAGGGAGCUAUGUUGUCUAA